AUGAAGUCCCGCAAACAAGGGUGCUAUAUCGGAGUGUCGCGCGCCAUUUUCCGGCCGGUCACGAUGGCCGGCGUCCUGGUCGUCAUAGUGGCCGGCAUUUCAUCGGCCGCCAUAUUGCCGGGCACUAGCGGCGACGGCAUCCAUCCAGAGGUCGGUUACCCGCGUGGCAUCCGAAGAUUCGGCGUCGCUGAAGGACCUGGGAACGAAGAGGGAAAAGAGGGUGGUGCGAACGAGGGAUUCAGUGCAGUGGAAGGGGUGGGUGCUGUUCAAGUGAAGGUUGCAUCUGCUGAAGAUGAAGACAAGGUUGAAAUCGCCGAUGGAGUCCAGAACAUUACUCCAGACGAUGAAGGAGCCGGCAGUGUUAUCUUGCCACGGGGCUUACAAACUCGUGUGACGAGAAAUACUUGGCGGUGGGAUCCAAUGCCUGACGUCGACAUAACAUUCAAUUUUGAGCACGGAGAAGUCUACGAAAGCGAGGGUAAGUUUCAUUUCUCUAGAGCAAUUGAUGGUGAAACGAUUCUUUUCAGAUUAUUGGGCGGCAAAUGUACAACAAAUUUUAAGAAAAAAGGUAUAUUAUUGUGUCAUUCCAUUCAGUAA